AUGCCUUCAGUUGCAGAUGCUACGCAAAAUGAUAAUACUUCAUUUGAAUCAGUGUCAACAGUGGCGAACGUCAGUGUAAUCAGUGAUCCAAAAAGGAAUGAAUUUGACAUCGUUGAGGUCUCCAAGGACAUAUUUAAUGAAAUCUUUCCUGGCAACACAGAUGCGGAAGUCGAAUAUCCCACAUACGUACCAAGGGAUAGGUUUAUUCUUGUGAAGUUAGUAGGGGUCCCAGAUUAUUUUGACAAAUUUCAAAUAAUCAAAAUUGGAAGAGUCCUGCACAAACUAACCAAGUCGAUCGUGUUUAUCAAUAGCUCAAGUUUGGCAAGAUUCAAUAGUGAUGAGUUGACGUUUAAUACGGCAGUGGUAAAAUCGAUUGACGAAGCUUCCAUUCCCAAAUUGUCACAACUUUUUGUCUCAGUACCGAACGAUAUUUACCAUUUGUUGAAGGACAAAACUCAACAAGCGAUAAAGCAAUUGUUUGUCUUUCAAUUUCUAGUGGGCAACGGUAACGUGGCUAAUGAAGGAGAUACUAUUCGUUUGAUCAACGGAAGAGCCAAUUUGUGCGAGCCUGUAGCUCAAGGUAAAGUCGAUCUUGACACAAACUUUGUUUUGAUUAACCAAAGCGAGGCUAACAAUGCUCUUAUUACCAACGGGUCUACUGACAACACUGAUGACGUCGAUAUGGGUCUAGACUUGUCGAGUUACUUGUCGUCGGGUUUGCAAUUUAAUACACAUACAAUGGCGAUCAACGCCGUCAAGUUCCGCGUUCAGCCUUUAUUUGAAAAAAUGCAUUUGGAACAUGUUCCAGAGGAAUGGCGUAAAGAGGACAAGGAGUUGUAUGUGUUUAUAAACAACUCAGACCUUACAAAAUUGGGUUUCCCCGUCUUUAAUGGUGAUUUAGUCAAGAUCAACACCGCAAAGGAGUCUGUCAUUGUUAGAAUCUUUAGCUUUACAGAACCUCAAUCUUCAUUUGGGACUGGAUACGUGUACGUGUCACCGAUACUUUUGAUCAAUUUACAGCUUAAUUUAGAUUCUCAAAUCACACUUGAACCAGUAAAGGGCGAUUUGUUGACCAGACUCAUCCCUGUUGCCGAAUCAGCUACAAUUUCCAGAGUUAGCUCGCAAAUCACCAUGGACAAAACGUAUCAGCAAAGUUUCUUUUCCAGCUUAAAAACAAUUCUUAGUGAUCAGUUGAAAUGUGUCAAGGAAGGUGAUUACUUCCCAGUUGUCAUUGAUACUGUUUUGGCAAAAGUCAUGUUUGAUAAUGCAAAUGAGGAAAAUAACGAAGAAAAUGGUGAGCAGAAUUUAGAAGUGAUUCCAGUGGGGAACCCAGAUGCAGUUGCUUGGUUCAAAGUCACAGAUAUAAAGGGCACGAAUGAAGUAGGCACCAACCAAUUUCUCAUAAAUCCAACAAAGACUCUACUUGUAUCAUCAGGUGUUGAAAGCUCGAGAUUACCAGAAAAUGAAUAUGCCAGUUGGUACCAGUACCUCAACUUGCCGCCAAUUUUCAACUACAACAAUGCAUCUAGUGAUUUCAAAUAUGCACAGGAGUUUAAAAAGAUUUUGAAAACGUGCUUAUCGUCUAAAAUCAAUCUAAGAACGUCAAUUCUCUUGACUUCAAUGAGCAGGGGGAUAGGGAAAACAACAUUGGUCCGUAGCACUUGUAUCGAAAUGGGAUUGAACUUGAUUGAACUUGACUGCUUUGAUUUCAUCAACCCCGGCCAGGAAUUGAAAACGAUUGGAUUGCUUAGUGGUAAAAUUGAUAAAUUGAUAGCAAAUGUACCAAACCAGUCAGCUUUUCAUGUCAUUUACUUAAAACACAUUGAGAAUUUGGUGCCCAAAACGGAUGAAAAUGAUCUGAAUUCUAGCAUUUUUUCGUCGCUUUCGCUAAAAGUUAUUGAAACCUUGACUGAAUACUUGGAAAAAUAUUCCAAUCUCGUUGUUGUUAUGAGUUGUAAUGAUUAUGACAAGUUGAAUGACAACUUGAAAUCAAUUUUAAAGUUCACUAUAGAAUUUACCGUACCCACCGAAAACGAACGUUUGGAGAUUUUCAAAUAUUUGGUUGCAAAUGAGAAAUCUAGAACACCAUCUACUGAUCUCACGUCUUUCCCAUUUGUGACAAGAAAAGACAUCAACGCAAAGACACUUGCUUUACAAUCGGCCGGAUUGACGCCACGAGAUUUAAUAUCGAUUAUUAAGAAAUCCAAAAAAUUGGCAAUCAAGCGGUUGACAAAAUUGUCAAAGGAACUAGGCAUUUCAGUGGAACAUUUGAUCAACAUAGGAAAUGGUGGGGUUAUAACCUGGAUACCAGAUGAUUUUGAGGCUGCCAUCAACGAAGCUAGAAACCAAUUUAGUGACUCCAUUGGGGCUCCUCGUAUACCGAAUGUUAAAUGGGAAGAUAUUGGAGGAUUGGAUUUAGUCAAGGAUGAAAUCUUGGAUACUAUUGACAUGCCUUUGAAACAUCCAGAGUUGUUCAACAAUGGACUUAAAAAGAGAAGUGGAAUCUUGUUUUAUGGGCCACCAGGUACUGGUAAAACUUUACUAGCUAAAGCUAUAGCUACAAAUUUCUCUUUGAAUUUCUUUUCAGUCAAAGGUCCUGAAUUGUUGAAUAUGUAUAUCGGUGAAUCGGAAGCCAAUGUGCGUCGUGUUUUCCAAAGGGCAAGAGACGCCAAACCUUGUGUUAUAUUCUUUGAUGAGUUAGAUUCAGUGGCACCAAAGAGGGGUAACCAAGGUGACUCUGGAGGUGUUAUGGAUAGAAUCGUUUCUCAAUUGCUUGCCGAGUUGGAUGGUAUGAGCAGCGAAGGUGGAGAUGGAGUAUUUGUUGUUGGUGCUACAAACAGACCUGAUUUGCUCGAUGAAGCCUUGUUGAGACCAGGUAGAUUUGACAAGAUGUUGUAUCUUGGAAUAUCCGACACAGACGAUAAGCAGACCAAGAUAUUAGAAGCAUUGACAAGAAAAUUCCAAUUGGACGAUGGGGUUGAUUUGAAAAAGAUUGCCGAGAAAUGCUCAUUUACGUACACUGGUGCUGAUUUCUAUGCUUUAUGUUCCGACUCAAUGUUGAAUGCCAUGACAAGAGUUGCUGGCGAAGUUGAUGAAAAGAUUAAGGGGUACAAUGCUGAAAUGGUUAGCCAGGGUAAAAACGAGGUUAAUUCAAGAUGGUGGUUUGACAAUGUAGCUACAAAUGAAGAUACUACUGUAUUGGUGAAGAUGGAGGACUUUAUCAAGGCACAAAAUGAAUUGAACCCAUCAGUGUCUGCUGAAGAAUUACAACAUUAUCUUAGAGUGAGAGAAAACUUCGAAGGUGGUAAGGAAAAAGCCCAGACACAGCUUACAAAAGAUAAUGAGUUGAGCAAUGGUUCCGUACAACAUGAGUAG